AUGCUGGACAAGCUGUCCGGCACCUACGCCCCCCGCCCCUCGAACGGCCCCCACAAGCUGCGUGAGGCUCUGCCCCUGGUCGUAAGUAUUGACAGCACACAUCAGAUUCAGCAGCACCCAGCGUAUCCCUUCGCCAUGCGCGACGCACCCAUCGACAACUGGACAUCAGAUGGAAAGUGGCAAAGCAGCAAAGCACAGAAUCGAUGGAAGAGACGCAGACAAGGAGGAAUCGGUCACGGCAUCUCGCGAUUAGCAAAGGCUCCGCCGCAUUCAGUCGUUGGAAUUGACGAGCGAAGUGCAGAUAGACCCGCCGGAGCGAAGAUGGCAUGGAUCGAAGGCGGCAUGGACCAAGUGCUCGCUUGUAGCAGACGAAACUCGCUUUGUGGGAUCCUCCUCCGCAACCGCUUGAAGUACGCCCUCACCGGUCGCGAGGUCAACGCCAUCACUGCCCAGCGCCUCAUCAAGGUCGACGGCAAGGUCCGCACUGACCCCACCUACCCCACCGGUUUCCAGGACGUCGUCUCGAUCGAGAAGUCGGGCGAGCACUUCCGCAUCCUCUACGAUGCAAAGGGCCGCUUCAUCGUCCACCGCAUCACCGCCGAGGAGGCCACCUACAAGCUCCUCAAGGUGAAGAAGGUGCAGCUCGGCGCUCGCGGCGUCCCCCACGUCGUCACCCACGACGGCCGCACCAUCCGAUACCCCGACCCGGCCAUCAAGGUCAACGACACUGUCCGAUUCGACAUCGAGUCGCAGAAGAUCCUUGACUUUGUCACCUUCGACACUGGCGCCACCGUCAUGGUCACUGGCGGCCGCAACAUGGGCCGUGCCGGUGUCAUCACCGGCAAGGAGCGUCACCUCGGUGGCUUCGACAUCGUCCACAUCCGCGAUGUCCUCGGCCGUGACUUCUCCACCCGUCUCUCCAACGUCUUUGUCAUCGGCACCGACGGCAAGCCCAUGAUCUCCAUGCCCCGCGGCGGUGGUGUCAAGCUCACCAUCACCGAGGAGCGUGACCAGCGCCGCCGACAGAAGGAGGCCCGUGGCCAGUAA